AUGAAAUCCAAGGACCCAGAUGUGUGGGAAUUAGCAGUCUGUCCCAUAGGAGGAUGUGUAACUGUAGAUGUGUUCUUCGAGCUUUCACCACUCUGGUUUCAGAUGAGGAUAAAGAACCCAACAAGUCUCUUUUACAUGCCUUUCACCUCCAUAAUGAGUGCACUUAAGAUGCCUCUUGUCCGAAUGCUUGCUCCCCUUUUGCGGGUUAAUCAAUGCCUUCGAGAUGCCUGUGAUGCUUAUGGAAUGGAGAAUCCUUCUCGAGUUGGUUAUUGUAGGGAAUUCAUAGAUUGUGGGCGUGGUGAUCCAAAAAAGGAGCCAAUACAAGAAUGGGGCAAAUGGAAAAACAAUAUUAAUGCAAGCGGUUGUUUUUCCAAAGAUAGUACUUUUGAUUAUGGAAUCUACAAACAAGCUGUUAAUAUUACAAGGAAAUCCAGUAUCAUUACAAGAUAUAUAUAUUCCUUGUUUUGGGGUUUUCAGCAAAUCAGCACACUUGCUGGAAACCAAGUUCCUAGUGAUUUUGUAUGGGAAGUUCUUUUUACCAUGGCAGUUACUGGACUUGGCCUCUUACUUUUUGCAUUACUGAUUGGAAAUAUGCAGAAUUUUUUGCAAUCCCUUGGUAGGAGGCGACUAGAAAUGCAGCUAAGGCGUCGUGAUGUUGAGCAUUGGAUGAGUCAUAGGCGUUUGCCUAUAAAGUUAAGAAGGCAAGUACGACAAUCUGAACGUUUUAAUUGGGCUGCAACACAAGGUGUGAAAGAAGAAAUGGUGCUGCAGAAUUUGCCGGAGGAUCUCCAGAGAGAUAUACGCCGUCAUCUCUUUAAGUUUCUUGAAAAUGUUCGGAUUUUUUCCCUCAUGGAGGAACCUAUCUUAGAUGCUAUCCGUGAGAGACUAAGACAGAAGAUAUAUAUAGAAGGAAGCAACAUUUUAACUGCUGGUUUGCCAGUUGAAAAAAUGGUAUUCAUUGUACGGGGUCAAAUGGAGAGCACUGGAGAAGAUCGGAGUAUAAUCCCCUUAUCAGAGGGAGAUGUUUGUGGGGAAGAGCUUCUUAGAUGGUGUCUUGAGAAUUCUUCAGUGAGCAAAGAUGGACAGAAAAUUAAGAUCACGGGAAACCGGUUACUUGCUAACAGGACAGUGAAAUGUUUAAGUAAUGUAGAAGCAUUUUCACUCUGUGCUGCAGAUCUAGAAGAAGUCACCAAUCUCUUUGCAAGAUUUUUGCGGAACUCACGUGUUCAAGGAGCCAUAAGGUAUGAAUCACCCUAUUGGAGAGCACUUGCAGCUACCCGUAUUCAAGUGGCAUGGAGAUACAGAAAGAAACGUUUAAACCGAGUGACUACCUCAAACCUGUGUCCUAGAUGAGGUAAUGAAGUUUAUUUUGUCAUGACAUAUUAGUUGAUAUUUGUAUGAUAUGUAGCCAAUCUGCAUUUGUUGUUCAGUCAAUUGAAGAGAUAUUGUGCCUUUAAUGUAACUUCUUCACUUCUUCCCUGAUGGUUCAAGAAAAGAUGCAUAUAAGAAUCACUGCCCAUAAAUUUCAAUUUGUCUUUUAGAAAGUAUAAUUUAAACAUUAUA